CAAGCCAAAUUGAGACACUCAAAGUAUACCAAACGUAAAAUGGUUUUCAAACUGUUGCUGCUUCUUCGUAAUUUCCUUAUCACUAAUACAACGCUGUAUAAUAAAUACGGCUAUGCAAUUUGAUAUGCCAAAUUUUUUGUGUUCCUCAACAAAAUUUGUUUUCAAAGAUUUGCUUGCACUAUUUUUAUAAUUUUUGCACAAAAAUCAGUGCCAAUAAAUAAAAUAAAACACAAUUUAACUACAAAGCAACAGAAACAAUAGUACACUACCACGGACUCCACUUCAGCGCUACACCAGCAAAUAACCGGUGUCACCAUUCCAAUUAGCAUGAAUAUUACACGCAUACUAGGUCAGAAUAAUAAAAUCUAUCAAAAAUUUGGCGAUUAUUGUAUAACAGAAGCGGAACCAAAUCUAUGCUGUAUCAUUUGUUGUUUUUGUCAGGAGCAGCAUGAUAAUGAGAAAAAUUUCUGGACACACAUUAAAGAAAUGCAUGACUAUGCGCCAGCACAGCUUUGUUUAAUGCAGCAAAAGCCAACGCCUGCUAGUGAUAUUAGUGCUAUUUUCAACUCAACAAAUGAUGAACCAAUGUAUGUAGACGCUGAAUAUAUGCAAGGUAUUGUGCUCAAUGAGUCCAAUGCAUUUAUAGAGUUAAAGAAUAAGUUUACAAAUUUUAAUGAAAAUAAGCUUUGUACAGCGAAGUCAACUGACACAAAAGGCGAUGAACCCGUCGAGAUUGAGAGUAGUCAACCGGAAAUAGAGCUACACACACAACGCUUGAGUGACACAUUAAAAACUCAAUUGGAUAUUGAUAAACUCGCACCUAAACAAUUUUUGGAGAGUGGUAUACUGUUGAAAAGCCUUUUCCAACAAAUUCAACGUGCAAAUAAUGAAUUUAAAUACAAGCUCAAUAAACUCACACAGGCUGUGCAACUAAUUGAAAGCGAAUUGAAAAAGGAGCCGGGUCAACGUAUGGUUAAACGAUAUAUGAAAAUAAUACCCGAUCAACCAUUUACUAGUCGCGAUGAAGUGCUUAUUUUGGAUGACGAACUGCAUCACAGCAAGGAAAUGCGUGAUGCGUUGCACGAAGAAACACUCGCUAUAGCUACCGAAAGUGCUGAUGUCUUCUGUCGUGUGCUUUGGCGUUUUAUAAUGACCGAUGAAGUAACCAAUCAGUUUUGUUGGCGUGGUGUUGUAAAUGCAGAUAAAGUUAUUAAAUACCCAAUCAAGGAUAUGACUAUGUUGGAUGUGUUUCAAGGUGUUUUUCGUGAAAAAUUUCCUGAGCAGACGCUUAAUUUUUUCAAAGAUCGCAAUAUGGCAUACUUUAAUAAAGCACAUGAACGUUUAAAACGUAAGCAAUUACACAAAGCGGAUGGCAGUUGUGUGGGAAAUAAUAGCUCCGAUUUCCUAUGCAAUGGGACAACAACAAGCGAACAAGAUUGUCAACAUAAACGCAUGCGUAAUGAGACAGAAAGUAAUGAUAGCGUUGAUUCGGUAUUUGAAGAAGUUUUCAGUGGAUGAAAAAGGAUGUUUUAUACUUCAAUAAAGUUUUGACUUACUAUACUUUACUACUACUAAAAAGUAUUAAUGACAUAAUUUAUUUUAAAAAAGACUAUAUCUCGAAUUUAAUUAACCAUUCCAUACUUAUACGUACACGUAAACAAUUUAUAAAUAUUUAGACACUUACUUUGGGAUCUCAAGUGAUAAAAUUAAGUUACAAAAUACUCUGCCCAGCGGAGAAGCAAUCAGAAAAUUAUGCAAACAGCCAUUUCUCUACGCUAUAUUAAACAUUCCAUACAAAAAAAUUAUCAAGUUGAUUAAAAUUAUAUAAUAGUACGAAUAUGUAAGAUAAAAUUACAUAACAAAUAUGUAUGUUAAUAUAUUCAUAUAUCUAAAUAUUUAUA